AUGGCGACAAGAACUACCCCAUUUCCUGGCGAACUACAAAGCUAUCUAUUCUGCCGCGAUCCAGAGCUGUGCGUAUACCUUGGAAACGGGUCGCAUCUACCCCCACCCGAUCGAUGCGAUCAUCGAAGGGAUUUAGAUUCGGUCCUCGGAUGUCCCGAGCCAACCAUUUCCCUACAGGCUGAAUUGCUUCCCCGGGAUGUCCAGGCCGCCCGGGCUGUCGCUAAAGUACGGGAGGCGCAGAAUGAGUAUGCCGAUCGACACCGCGUGGACGCACCCAUGAUCGAAAUUGGGCGCGAAGUUAUAUAUACCACCAUGCAGGCUCCUAAUCACAAACACACAAAAGACUGGUUAGGCCCUGUCACUGUCCUCGCACAUACAGCCCCGGUUAUGCACUAUAUUUUUGACAAGGCCAUGAACAAGGAAUGCCGUGUGCAUAUCGAAAAUAUCGAGGCUCACCUGCCUCCGAUUGGACGGCCUGAGCUUCGUCCGGUGAGAGCAAUAGCGGCCUCCGCCAUUGGGAGCUGGCUCUUCUUCAGUUCCCCUUUGGCUGAUGAAGGUGACGACGAACAUCUCGACGAACGGGUCGCCAUGUUCCGGACCAGUGCCCCUGCCAUGCGUUUUCUGUACGGCUGUUCCACAGCGUUUAAUAAAUGGAUCACGCUGCUGAAGACCACUGGCCGCCCCAGGGGCGAUGAUUUCACAGCUGAUGACGAGGACCAUUUCUCGUCCCACGCCGACAAGGUCACCAACCCCGCGACUACGCUGUCUACACUCCGUAAAGCAAACACCUUCGCCCAUAGUCGGGCGGAACGCGAUAGUAAGAUUGCCUCCUGGCAAGAUAAGCAACUGGCGCUCAAGCUUACCACCACAGCUGGCUAG